AUGCAUCUAAUUUUAUGCUCAAUAUUUGUAAUCUGUAUUGCAGCAAUUCAAGCACAAUACCCAGAUCAUCCAACGCUUGCAGUUGUUCUGAGUGACACAGCAACACAAACAAGUGAUGAUACAACAGCAAUAGAGAUUGACUCGAAGGAUCAGGAUCAUAGUUCAGAACAACAUGAUGGUAAAAAGAAAAACUUUGAUCAUGAACAUCAAUCUCAUCAUGAACAUGAUGCAACAAUUUCUGUUGACGUUCAUAAUAUUAUCGAUUUAUUCAAAGAACAAUUACAUGCAAGCGAACAACGAAUUCUUGCUGCUUUUUCGAGUCAUGGAGCAAUAUUAAAAUCUUAUCGUACAGCUGAUCGUUAA